AUGGCCUACGAUCCUGCAAAGGCGACUGGAAAUGCUUCGUGGAAGCAUUUCCAGUUCCCCCCUAGCCCUCCGAGUACCGCAAAGCCCUCCAGGAGAGGCAGCUUUGACGGGUCAUACACUUCGCUUGCAUCAUUGGCACUCUCCUUCUCCUUGGAGUCGACCCUACCCUCACUGUCUUCUUCUUCAUCCUCAUUAUUUUCAACCUCUUCAUCCUUGGCGCCCGGGAACGCUUCCGAAAGCCACUCAGAUUACCCCCUACCGCCAGCAAACGGCGUGAAACAGGUCCUGGUCGAGGACCUCAAGACCCCCGACAGCCACGUCGAGAGAGACCCGAGGCUCAUUCGUCUUACCGGUGUACACCCUUUCAACGUCGAGCCCCCCUUGAGCGACUUAUACGACGAGGGUUUUCUCACCAGCGAAGACCUCCACUACGUACGUAACCACGGACCCGUCCCAAAGUGUGACGACCAGGACAUAUACGACUGGACCUUCACCGUCGAGGGCAUGGUCGCCAAACCCUUCACCAUCAGCGUGAGAGACCUCAUCGACAAUUAUGAGCAGGUCACAUACCCUGUCACCCUGGUCUGUGCCGGAAACAGACGCAAGGAGCAGAACCUCGUCCGCAAGUCCAAAGGCUUCUCAUGGGGUCCGGCCGGCCUGUCCACGGCGUUGUGGACUGGGGUGCCCAUCGGCGACCUCAUCGCUCGGGCCCUGCCAAAGAGAGGCGCCAAAUACGUGUGCUUUGAGGGCGCUGACAAGCUGCCCAACGGCUACUACGGCACGUCAGUCAAGCUCAACUGGUGCAGGGACGUGAACAAGGGCAUCCUUGUGGCCCAUAAGAUGAACGGCAGCGUUCUUCAUCCCGACCACGGCAAGCCCGUACGCGUCGUCAUCCCGGGUCAGAUCGGCGGCCGUAGCGUCAAGUGGCUGAAGCGCAUAAUUGUCACGGCAGAGCCCAGCGACAACUGGUACCAUAUUUACGACAACCGAGUACUGCCCACCUCCAUAACUCCAGAGGCCAGCGCGGACUUGCCAGAGACAUGGAAGGACGAGAGCUACGCUAUUUACGAUCUGAACGCCAACAGCGCCAUUUGCUACCCGGCACACGACGAGACAGUCUCUCUAGCAAGCGGCGUCGACACGUACAAAGUACGGGGGUAUGCGUACGGGGGCGGCGGUCGACGCAUUACCCGAAUGGAGGUGACUCUCGACAAGGGCAAGUCGUGGAGGCUAGCCGACGUGCGGUACCCGGAGGAUGAGUACCGGCUGGCUCCUGAAGGGGAGACGCUCUACGGCGGGCGGCUGGACAUGUGGUGGCGAGAAACGUCGUUUUGCUGGUGCUUCUGGGAGCUCGACAUCGCCAUGACGGAGCUUGAGGACGCUCAAGACAUUAUGGUUCGUGCCAUGGACGAGGGGCUAAUGGUUCAGCCGCGAGACAUGUACUGGAGUGUUCUCGGCAUGAUGAACAACCCCUGGUUCCGCGUCGUCAUCCACAAGGAGGGAAAUUCCCUGAGGUUCGAGCACCCGACACAGCCGGCUCUCAUACCAGGCGGGUGGAUGGACCGAGUCAAGAAGUCGGGAGGCAAUCUGACCAACGGCUUUUGGGGCGAAAAGGUAUCCGGCGAGGACGAGGAUGCCAUUGAGGAGGAGCCGGCCAAGGAGAUUUGCAUGACCAAUCCCAAGGUGGACAGACUCAUCACCUUGGACGAGUUGAAGCAACAUGGGGGUGACGCAGAGCCGUGGUUUGUCGUAAACGGUCACGUAUACGACGGUACGCCGUUCCUGGAAGGCCACCCAGGCGGUGCUGCUUCAAUUUUUGGAGCUGCCGGACAAGACGCCACCGAGGAGUUCGUCACUAUCCACAGCGAAAAUGCAAAGGCAAUGAUGCCCGACUACCACGUUGGGACGCUGGACAAGGACGCACUGGCCACGCUCUCAGGAGAAGUCGAAGAGACGGACCCCUCGCGGGGCGUGUUCCUCGAUCCCAAGGCCUGGACGAAGGCCGUCCUGCAGGACAAGAUCAGAGUCUCGGCGGACAGCAAAGUGUUCCGCUUCAAGCUCGACCACGAGGACCAGCAGAUUGGUCUGCCGGUCGGCCAGCACCUAAUGAUGCGGUUGCGCGACCCGGCCACUCGAGAGGCCAUCAUCCGGGCAUACACGCCCGUAUCCGAAGGCACCGACAAGGGCAUCCUAGACGUGCUCAUCAAGGUCUACUACGAUACGCCCGAGCGCAAGGGCGGCAAGAUGACGCAGGCCCUCGACGCCCUUCCCGUGGGCCACUUCGUCGACUUCAAGGGCCCCGUGGGCAAGUUCGAGUACCUCGGCAACGGGCUCUGCAGCGUGGGCGGGAAGCAGCGCAGCGUGCGCCGCUUCAACAUGGUGUGCGGCGGCUCUGGCGUCACGCCCAUCUUCCAGGUGCUCCGGGCCUUGAGCAAGGAUGUCCAGGAUCCCACCGAGUGCGUCCUGCUCGACGGCAACAGGGUCGAGGAGGACAUCUUGUGCCGCGUGCAGCUCGACGCCUUCCUCGACUCGGCCAAGCACCGCUGUCGGCUGGUUCACACCCUGACGCAGCCUUCGGAUACGUGGACUGGCCGCAGGGGCCGCAUGGACAGAGCCCUCGUCGAGGCCGAGAUAGGCCCGUGCGAAGCGCCGGGGCGAGACAUGGUGCUCAUCUGCGGGCCUGAGGCCAUGGAGAAAAGUGUUCACGAGAUCCUCACAAGCUUGGGCUGGGCAGAGGACGACAUUCUCUUCUUCUAG